ACUUCACCUUCAUCCGCGAAUAACGAAUUAGGUUAUUAUAUUGCCAAUUUCUCUGUCAUUUUGACGGCGACGAUAGCCAGAGCGCCCCUCGAUAGUGCUUCAGUCGCGCCGAUUUCAAAAUAUUAAGCGGCCCAAGUCAUAGCUCGAAGAGAAAUUUAUCAUUCUGUCACACAACCAGAGGAGGUGAGCUAGGGCAUAGGUGCCCUAUAUACGUAGGCGGCUCGAGGUGUCCAACUUGGUGAGUUAGCCCGUCGAUGAGAGACUAAGGUAUUCAUUACCACAUUCUGGCAAAUUCCUACAAAAUGACAGGGUUAUUGGCUUUGCUGAAGUUUUAGUGGACUGCAAUUACUGUUUUGCUGAGCAGUUUAUCACUUAAUUCACAUGGUCAAGUCUACGAAAAUGGCCCUUGGCUGCAGUUGUAGCCGUUCUAGGACUGCUGAUCAGAUGUGCCGUCAGCAAUCAAGGGUUUGCUUAACUGCUGCAGAGGAGCUUGCAGCUGAAGAAAGUCUUUCCAUAUACUGCAAACCUGUUGAAUUCUAUAAUAUUCUUCAACGCCGGGCUAUUCGAAAGCCAUCAUUUUUACAGAGAUGUUUACAGUACAAGAUACAAGCAAAACUCAAAAGAAGAAUCCAAGUAAUUAUUUCAGUACCUGGAAAUAUGAAUUCAGGACAACAACAGCGAAAUCUUUUCCCUAUGUAUGUGAUACUAGUUAGACCUAUUGCUAAUAUUUCGAUUGGAGAGCAGGCUGCGGUUUAUGGAGUUUGUCGGUCUCAUAUAUUGUCUUCUUUCUAUGAAUAUGGAAGGAAAGACACUGAAGUUACUUUUGUCAUUCCUGAGAUUCGAAAGCUGUCCACUGCCCGUGGCGCCAAUCUAAAUAUGGUUAUUGUCAGCAUUGGGGAAGCUCAAGGUACUUCUGAUGAGAACCAUCUGCCAGAGGGUGGUGAGUACCUUAAUACUUUUCCAGCUAAACUUGAAGGUAAUUGUUUUUGGGGGAAGGUACCAAUUGAAUCUCUCUAUUCAUCUUUAGAGAAGUGUGUUACCUUGAGUUUGGGGCAUAGAUCUGAAAUGAUUUCAACCAUAGACAUGCACCCUAGUACAUUGAAGUCUAGUUUCUUGGAUCAGCACAAUUGCUUGAAUUUUAGAAACCAUAAUAUUGAUUCUCUGAGUUCGUACAAAGUGCAAGUAAAUUUAUGCGCUCAAGAGGUUGGAGCUAGAGAGAGGUCACCUUAUGAUUCUUAUACUUACAAUGAUGUUCCUGCAUCAACAUUACCUCACAUUAUUAGGUUGAGAUCUGGCAAUGUCCUCUUUAAUUAUAGGUACUAUAACAACAAGCUGCAAAAAACUGAAGUUACUGAGGAUUUCUCCUGUCCAUUUUGCUUGGUGCAAUGUGCAAGCUUCAAGGGUCUUAGGUAUCACUUGUGUACAUGUCACGACUUAUUCAAUUUUGAAUUCUGGGUAACUGAGGAGUAUCAAGCUGUAAAUGUUUCAGUUAGGACUGAUGUUUCACGGUCCGAGGCCCUCUUAGAUGGAGUUGAUCCAAGGUUGCAGACGUUCUUUUACUGCUCAAAAUUUAGGAGGCGAAGGCGAUUGAAAAACCUCGCUCAGAAUAUAAAUCAUAUCCAUCCUCAUGUUGUGGAGCUAGAUUCUCCCGAAGGGGCAAUGGAAGGUUCCGAGGAUGGUUAUUUGCAAAAAGGCAUGGACUUAUCUUCUUCUUGUAGACCCAUUUCAUAUCCUGGUUUUGCAGAGCUUCCAAAUGGAUUUAGUGAUGGAAGCUCUUACAAAGUAGAUGAAAAGGUUGAAAAAUCUUUGUAUGGGGAAGCUCAGUUGCUGUCAACAAGGCAGAAAUCUGAAAGCUAUGGUUCGGAGAAUCACCAUGUUGUAGAGUGUACAGAACGUAUAACUUCCAGUCCUGAUACUGCCACAUUCUGUGUGGCUACUGCUCAGGCUUCUACAAGUAAUGACUGCACUCAUCCAUUGUCUGGAGGCAACUCAUUACCCUCUUCAAUGUUGCAAUUUGCAAAGACUCGCAGACUUUCUGUCGAACGAGCUGAUCCUAGAAGUAGGGCAUUGCUAACAAAGCGUCAAUUUUUUCAUUCACAUCGAGCUCAGCCAAUGGCCUUGGAACAAGUGUUUUCUGAUCAUGACAGUGAAGAUGAAGUUGAUGACGACAUUGCUGAUUUUGAAGACAGGAGGAUGCUAGAUGAUUUUGUUGAUGUAACAAAAGAUGAAAAGCACAUUAUGCAUCUAUGGAAUUCUUUUGUAAGGAAACAAAGAGUGUUGGCAGACGGUCAUAUCCCAUGGGCCUGCGAGGCAUUUACGCAGUUACACGGGCAAGAUUUUGUUCAAACACCAGCUUUACUUUGGUGCUGGAGGUUGUUCAUGAUUAAACUGUGGAAUCACAGCCUACUGGAUUCUCGUACAAUGAACAACUGUAACAUAAUUCUUGAGAAGUGUCAGAACCUAAACCCUAAAUCUCAAGCCUAAUUGACUGUGCCAAUGCUUGCACCAACCUUUUCUUCCUUCACCAGAGUCAUUAAAGCCUGGCCCCAUUGAAUCCUUGGGGUGGUCGUUCAUUCGUGGCAUUCUUUAUACACAUUGUGGACUGGUUGAUAUUGUUUUUCUUCAUAUAGAUUCUGCUAUUGUUUCCGUUCAUAAAAGGUGGUGGAAAGGAUGAAUGCUACAUACAUUUGUAUUAUUGGAAGAUGAUCUAUAUUCUUUUUGUCCUAAUUUAAAUCCCAUAUCCAAUUAUUUUAUU